CGGGACCUUUGUAAUGAGAAUAGUGGAAAUAAAAAUAACGGGUUUUGCAGUUCCGUAACUCAAGUCAAACCAGCAUCAAAAUCAAUUAUCAUGACCUCACCACCCACGUCGUCGUCUUCAACGUUAACCAGACAAGUCUCCAUAACAUCAUCGUUCUCUCAAAGCACCACCAUAAACGGCGACAAAGUAACCACCGAUCAGAUCUAUUAUUAUGGAACGGCAUAUUCAUCGGAGACAUCCCAAGUUUCACAAACUACGACACCGAACGCUACAAAUAAUUUUUCAACGAGCACUCCUUAUAAGAUCCUACUAAUUGUAGGAUUAAUAUUAGUCGUAUCGAUGAUCUUUUUUACGAUAGUCAAAUUAAUAUUAUCAAAAAAGAAACGCAAAAUGUCAGCGGGCGCUCCGGUAAUCAAUUACAAUUAUCAUUUCGACCACAGUCAAGAUAUUCCAAUCCAAUCACCAUCACCGGCUACGACUCGCAUGCAACGCCUAAAAUUAGGACAAUAUAACUAUAAUAAUGAAAUUUCCGACGCGUAUUCAUCCGAAUCCACAUUUUGGGACAAAUCGGAGAGUCACAUGAUAACCUCGUUUGACCGUAGCAAUGUGAACACGUCGAUCAAUUCCGUUAGUUCUGCUAAAUUUAAUAGAAAAAAUCUUAGCAUACCUAAAAUAUUAAUUGAUCAAAUAGAUGAAGAGGUGCUAAUUGUCAAGGAACCAGUGAAUUGGGAAGAUU